AUGAUAAAAAAUUAAAAAUUAAAGAAUAUAGAUUUAAAGGAGAAAAAUUAUAAAAUAAAACCAAUGAUCUUCAAAGAUAAAUGGAUACUUCAGAUAAAAAUGACAAAUUCAAGAAAAUUAUUCAAAGAAAAUAUCUUAAAUUUCAUAAGAAUUAAAUCUAAUUAAUCAAUAAAAAAUUAUAAGCUUAAUCUAAAUGAACAGAAAAUAAACUAACUGCUAUAAGAAAUUCAGAUUAAAUAAAUUAAGUUAAAAUAAAAUAAUAUAUUUACAAAUUUUGAGAAAAAGACUCAAUAAAAUCAGACAAUCAUUAAAUAAUUAUAAUUAAGAAAAUCAAAAUCUUUCUGA